AAUCCGACAAUCGAACAUGUUUUCUGAGAUCUUCUAGUUCCCAUAAAUUUCAGACAAAACACAAAAUCCCACUUUCAAAAAAAAAAAAACCCCACAUGAAUCAAUCAGAUUACUCAUACAGUACACUACCUAAUGAUAUAGCUCUCAAGAUUGCUUCUUCCCUUGAGGUGCCGGAUCUUUCAUCAUUGGGUUGUUGUUCUCGGGUUUGGCGAGAGAUAUGCCAGUCGAAUUGUUUAUGGGAGUCACUUGUUAAAGAAAGAUGGCCUCUUUUAUAUGAAGCUGUUUAUGGGAGUCACUUCAAGGAUUGGCGAGGAUUUUAUGUAAAGCAGCACGAAGAGAAGAAGGGUCAAGCCGAUUCUGUCAUUAACUUGGUGGAACAAUGCUCGCAAUCCGAUUCACUCAAGGUUAUAGACUAUCUGCAUGCAAUCAGAUGCCUGAAAACGAUGCAGUUCGGAUUCAGAGAUGUUCAAAUGCUGCUGUUGAAACAGAAGCUGAAUGUUCUGCUUAACUUGAUUGGACUACAUUACUGCCUUAGCAUUCUUCAAGUGCCGGCUUUUUGUAUCACGGAAGCACUUUGGGGUGGUAAGAUAGUUAAUCGACGAGUUUGCGUAAAGUGGCGACAGCCCGGGAGAUGGUUCAACGGCUUCCGUAUCCGAGAUGGAUAUCAUUCCCGUUGUGUCUAUCUCGAAGAUCUUGUGACGGGAGAAGAUGAUGGCGAAGUGUUGACGGUACUUGAACGAGGAGCUAGUCGUGAAUUUUUACGAGUUCAGGUGUUUGUUGUUAAUUCCCCCUAGCAGUCUCCGGUCUAGCCAAACCUCAAAUGACUGGUUUCAUGUAGUACAGUGUUCAUGUCAUAAUGGUAAUAACGUAGUAAUAUAACUAAAAAUGACAUUGUAAUGAAUUUAAAAUUAACAAAAUAGUUAAUAAUGGUAACAGUUGGACUUUAA